AUGUGUCGAAUUCUUGAUGCACAAGAGUGGUUUGAAUCCACUGCUGAGAUAUUUGCAAAACCGGACUGGGAAUCUUCCUCAAGAAGCAUUACCCACAAGCUGAAGGCGCUAGUUGAACAGCAUAAGGAUAACAGCCCUCCCGCGCUCAUUGAUACGAUUAACCGGGUCGUUGUGGAAGUCCAAAAGUUUGAGCUUCGCAUACACUAUCGUUGUCGCGUCAAAAAACCGGACCAACCCAUUCAUCCUGAUCCAUUUUGGAUAUACAACGGUUAUGAAGAUGCCCUCGAUAGUUUUGUAUGGAGCAUGGGCUCUCCCCAGUGGCGGAAUCAUAGGGAAAACAAGAAUUAUCCUGAUAUGCUGUCGCCAUAUGAGCUACAUUAUGAACUGCUUCUGACGCUUGAGCUCUGGAAGAGCUUCUCUCAAACAAUCAAGGACGCACCUGCUGUUGAAGUACGCCAGGCUCGCGCCCGCGCCUUUGCGGCUGAGAUGGAGGCAAUGCAGAAAGAGGUCGAAAGCUGGGGAUAUUCGAUCUUUCCAAACUAA